UCCGCAUCUCGCACUUCGAUCCAUUCUUGUGCCUCGGAAAACUCGUGCUGUGCACCUAAACCCACGAAAGGCUGCAAUUCAAUUGCUAUUACACCAUGUCCUGAUGCUUGCUGCGACGGUUCAAAAUCUUUAGCUGGUGUAGAUACAUGCUGCGCUCCUAAGAAAAUAGACUUGAAUGAAGCGGUCGAGGAGAUUCGGUCACCUCCAGCUGACCCCGAACUAGGCCUCUCCGGCAAAGAGCACGUUGUUCUCAGCGUGUCCGGCAUGACCUGUACUGGAUGCGAAACCAAGCUUUCGCGCACUCUAGAGACAAUGUCUUCCGUCACGAAACUCAAGACGAGCCUGGUGCUUUCUCGGGCUGAAUUCGACUUGGACAUGGGUGCUCAAACCGUCGAAGAGGUCAUGAAGCACUUAGAACGAACAACCGAGUUCAAAUUUGAGCGCAUUUCAAACCGGGGUUCUAGUCUGGACAUGAUUUGCGACGAAGAUGCCACCGAGAUCGUUAAGAGCGAUUGGCCAAGUGGAGUCAUCGAAAUCCGGGCAAUCGACAAAAGGAGAGUGCGUAUUGAUUUUGACCCGAAGGUCGUCGGUGCGCGAGAACUUCUGGGGCUCGUUUGGCCAUGUCCCUUGAAAUUGGCUCCCCCUAGUUCGGACCCGGCUCUGGAUACUGGUGCUCGACAUGUCCGCCAUGUGGGGUACAUGACCCAGUUGUCGAUUCUACUGACAAUCCCCGUGCUGGUCAUAACGUGGGCACCAUUACCCGACAAGGAACAGAAACAGAUUACUUUUGCAUCCAUCUCAUUCGCAUUUGCAACAUUGAUUCAAAUUAUUGUUGCCGGUCCGUUCUACCCGAAAGCUCUCAAGGCCCUGGUCUUCUCGAAGGUUAUAGAAAUGGAUCUUCUUAUUGUACUCAGCACGAGCGCCGCCUACAUCUUCUCCGUUGUAGCAUUUGGCUACCUUGUCGCGCACCGGCCGCUGUCAACUGGCGAAUUCUUCGAGACGAGCACGUUGCUUGUCACGCUCAUCAUGAUUGGUCGCUUCAUUGCGGCCUUAGCCCGCCAGAAAGCUGUCGAGUCAAUAUCCAUCCGAUCAUUACAAACCUCUAUGGCGACAAUUAUUCAUUCCGAUGGAACCGAGUCAUCAAUUGAUACAAGACUUCUUCAAUAUGGCGAUGUCUUCAAGGUCCCUCCAGAAUCACGGAUCCCAACUGAUGGAACAGUUAUAUCAGGAGCUUCUGAGGUUGACGAGUCGAUGCUGACAGGAGAAUCGAAGCCCGUAGAGAAAUCGAAAGGAUCCCAUCUGAUUGCCGGAUCACUGAAUGGAUCAGGGGUUCUUACCGUCAGACUAACUCGCGUUCCUGGGGACAACACGAUCAACACAAUUGCCGACAUGGUUGACGAAGCCAAGCUGACGAAGCCCAAGAUCCAGAAGAUUGCGGACCAGGUUGCGACUUACUUCGUUCCUGUGAUACUAGCCAUCACCGUUGUGAUCUUCUGUAUCUGGAUGGCCAUUGGCAUCGCCGUCCAGCGGAAAUCUGGGCCAGAGGCUACCAUUCAAGCAAUCACAUACGCAAUUACCGUAUUGAUUGUAUCUUGCCCGUGCGCCAUUGGUCUUGCAGUGCCGAUGGUAAUUGUUGUCGCAACGGGCGUGGCCGCUGAGAGGGGCGUCAUUUUCAAGUCUGCAGAUGCGAUCGAAAUUGCCUGGAAGACUACACAUGUAGUGUUCGAUAAGACAGGAACCCUCACCCGGGGUCAGCUUUCUGUGACUCGGAUGGAAAUUCUGAGAUCUGCCCCCGGAACUCCAGGUCUUAUUCUUGGCCUCGUUGGUGACAGCAAGCAUCCGGUUUCAAUUGCAGUUGCCACAUAUCUCAAGUCUGAGGGUGUGGCUCCGAUAGCAGUUUCGAAUCCGAAGAGUAUCGUCGGAAAGGGUGUUGAGGGUGCUUUUGCCGGCUGCACGCUCCGUGCAGGGAACUCGCGGUGGCUGGGUCUCACAGACCAUCCUUCAGUCCAGCCUAUCCUUGCUCAGGGCUACACAGCUUUCUGCUUCACCUUCAACGACGAACUGGCAGCUGUAUAUGGCCUUCAGGAUUCUCUCCGAGAGGACACCCUUGAUACGAUUUCCAAAUUGCAAGAACGUAAAAUAGCGGUCCACGUCCUGUCGGGCGACGACGAUGGAGCCGUUCGCGCAGUCACAGAACAGCUCAAAAUACCAGCAGCCAAUGUCAAAUCGCGCUGCACACCGGCAGACAAACAAGCUUACAUUAACGAGCUCCUCUUAACUCCGGAUGUUCGCAAGUCUAAGCGAAAUACCAAACAAUCUAUCGUAAUGUUCUGCGGAGACGGCACGAACGAUGCAGUCGCUCUAGCUCAAGCCUCCAUCGGUGUGCACAUGAGCGGCGGAACCGACGUCGCCAAAUCUGCCGCGGAUAUUGUACUCAUGAGAGAGAGCCUGGCGGGCAUUCUGGUUGCCUUGACCGUGAGUCGUAAGUCAAUGCACCGCAUUGCAUUUAAUUUCAGUUGGAGCUUUGUUUACAAUAUAUUUGCAAUUCUGCUUGCCGCAGGCGCCUUCGUACGUGCGAGAAUUCCACCUGAGUUUGCGGGACUUGGCGAGCUUGUGAGUGUGUUGCCAGUAGUUGCAGCUGGAAUACUUCUUAAGUGGGUGAGGGUUUAG